CACAAGUUUCAAUGGUCAGUCAACGCCUCUCCUGGACUCAUUUCCCGCAGCCUGUCUGUAAAUUUCGUGCCUCAGUUUCAACAGCCAGCUCGCCGCGAUGGCCGCCGUUAACGCCUCGGCCGUGGCAACUGCGAUCUCCGCCGUCGCUUCCUCCGCGCCAUGCGCACAGCGCCGCGCCUCGAGGGCGGCGGUUUCGGGCUCCGCGCUCUUCAACCCGCUUAGAGUGGCUGCCGCCCGACCAGUCCGCGUGUCUCGCAGCGGCCCGGCGGUGGUGCGGGCCGCGACGGAGGAGACAGCGGGCACGAUCCAGGGAUUCAUCGACGAUGUGAAGGCCAAGUGGGACGGCGUGGAGGACAAGGGCACUCUGGCGCUGUACGCGGGCGGGUCCGUGACAGCCGUCUGGCUCUCCGCUACCGUCGUCAACGCCGUCAAUUCCAUCCCAGUCGUGCCGAACGUGUUGGAGCUGGUGGGCACGGUGUACACGGGGUGGUUCGUGUACCGCUACCUUCUCUUCAAGUCGAGUCGCAGGGAGCUGGCUGAGCUGAUCGAGGACAUCAAGGCACGCAUCACCGGCUCCACAUAACCGCAGCAACACUGUGGCUAUAGAUGAUGCAUGGGAUAGAUAUGCUGUUACCUGUGGAUAAGCUAUAAGGCUGACUGGAAGAAACAUCGUUCUUGUUACCUACAAAUGCAGUAUAUUAAUAAGUUGGUGAUAUCUUCUGAAGGAAAGUACAUCCUAUUGUACAAUCAGGACAUGUUAAAUAUCU